AUGGAUUUAUCAAAUUUGGAAUUGGUUGUUGAGGGUUGUGUGAAAUUGGUUAGGGAAAUUCUUCCGAAUGAAUUUAAUUCGGAAAAGAUUGAUGUGAUUAUUAAUAAUGCUGGAUUGGUAGUUUCAAAGGAAAAAACUCAAGCACAACAAGUUUCAACAACAUUUUCAGUGUGUCACUUGGGACACUUUCUCAUGAAUCACUUGCUGAAAGAUUAUUUGAAUGAAAACGCCAGAAUUAUUAUUGUUUCAUCAAAUGUGGCCAAGAUGAUGUUUCCAAAAUCGUUGAAACACUUGGAAGAUAUCAAGUGGAUGGACAUGAUUCAAAAGGAACAAUCCUAUAAGACCACAACACCUACCUAUGCCUACAACAAACUAUUCUGCACCAUGCAUGGAUUGAAUUUGCAUCAGAAAUGGGUCAUUGAGGAAAAUAAGAAAUUGGCAGUGAAUAUGCUUCAUCCUGGCACGAUGAUGACCAAUCUUCCAGAGAAGGCACUCGAUAAUGAAAGAGAUUCACUACUUGGAUGGCUUAAAUACGGUGCUUAUAAAAUGGUUCAUGCAUUCCAAGGGAUUCCAAUUGCUAAAGGAGCCUUUAAUGAACUGAGAUUGGCAGUUGAUCCAGCCAUUACCUGCUCUGGUGUCUAUUUUUCAGAAGAUAAGGAAGAUAUGGAUCAUCCAAUAGCAUAUAUUAAGGAAGAACGAGAAAAAUUAUGGGAAUUGAGCAUGAAAUUAUGUUCUCCAUUCUUUGAACAAUUUAACAACAACAACAAGAUGGAAAAUCAGCCAUCAGUACAACAAUCUCAAAUAUCUGAUAACAUUGUCAUUAAUGAACAGCAAAUAUCACAAUCACCUCCACAAACAGCAAGUGAACAAGAGUUGGAAAUAUCCGAAUCAAAGAGCUCUAAAGAAGAAAUAGAGUAA